AUGCUGGAGCUCCUGACGUACCUCGACGACUCGGAGCUCGUCGCCGGGUUCCAGAGGCUCUGCGGGCUGCACCUCGUCGAAGGCGCGCAUCACGGCGGCGGGAGGGCGGCCGCGCCCGCGGCAGCUCCCGUGUGCGCCGACGAGCCGCGCGAGCGGCGGAAGCGAGCAUGCGACCACCAGGACAAGAACUCCAACUACGAACACAAGGCGAAUGGGUGUGCGGGACCCGACGGGCCUCGGUACCGAGUGAGGAACUGGCUGCUGCACUUCCUCUUCCUGUUCUCCGCAGGCCUGGGGCACGAGGUCUUCUACAUCACCUGCCUGCCGUGCCUCCACUGGCACCUGGACCCCUUCCUGUGCCGCCGCCUCGUCAACAUGUGGGCCGUGGUGAUGUACGUGGGCCAGGUGAUGAAGGACGUGCUGAAGCUGCCCCGCCCCCGGUCGCCGCCCGUGGUCAAGCUGGAGAUGCGCGUUAAUGCCGAGUACGGCCUCCCGUCCACUCACGCCAUGGCUGCCACUGCCAUCUCCUUCACCCUCCUGCUGAGUGCCCCCCCGAGGAUACAGUUCCCGUUCGAGCUGGGCCUCCUGGUCGCGGCCACGCUGUCGUCCUUGGUGUGUCUGAGCCGGCUCUACACGGGCAUGCACUCCGUUCUGGACGUCAUCUCCGGGGCUUUGAUCUCGGCCGCCAUCUUGCUCCUCACCUAUCCAUACUGGGACGCCUUCGACCGCUUCCAGCUCAGCAGCGCCGCGUCCCCCGUGGUGGGACUGGUGCUGCCCCUCGUCCUCAGCUACACGUACCCGGAGCUGGACCACUACAGCACCACACGCGGGGACACCACCACCAUCCUGGGAGCGGCCGCCGGGUGCUCCGUCGGGUACUGGGUGGACCACCAGCUGGGGCCGGCCUUCGAGCCCCAGGGGGCGCUGCCUGUAGCCCUGCCCGCGCUGACCACUGACGCACUGCUACGAGGCGCUGCCCGCUCCGCUUUGGGAAUAGUGGCAUUGGUGGGAACACGGCAGAUUAUGAAAACAUUGAGUCUGCAGGUGCUGUAUUUUUGGUACAAAGUGCCAAAACACGAAGAGGAAGGUGCCAGAAAACGACGGGAGAUUGAAGUGCCGUAUAAAUUUGCUACAUAUACAACUGUUGGACUUGUCAACUCUAUACUGGUCAAUAGAUUUUUUAUCUUGCUGGGACUGCUGUGACUUGACAGUAGCUGCAUUAAAUUGAAAAUUUAAAUAUUAUUUAAAUUA